GAGGGAGGGACUUUGUGAGGAGAUAAAGGGUAUUACUGGCCAUUAGUGUCCUGUGGAUUAUCCUAAUCCAGCCCUCGUGCUGUCAGAGUGGCUACAGUAGAGUGCUUCAGUGUGGUCCUGUCACUGUGUAGGCAUGAAGAUGGAAUCCCAUGGACAGUGUGUUCUGUUGGCCCUCCUGCUUGUGUCAAACGUUCUUAUCCGUGUACACGCUCAGGAGGGGGAGGAGGUGACUGAGACAUGGACAGGACGAGCCUGUAAGUGUGACUGUGAGGGGGCAGAAUCCCCAACCCAGUUCACCUCCCUCUCCCCCAGCCCACCACGUGUCAUGGAGUGCAUGCCAGAGUGUCCGUACCACAAGCCCCUGGGUUUGGAGGCUGGAUCAGUCAGACCAGACCAGAUCAGCUGCUCCAACGAGGAUCAGUACACUGGCUGGUUCUCCUCCUGGCUCCCCAGCAAUGCCAGACUCAACAACCAGGGCUUUGGGUGUGCUUGGCUGUCUAAGUUCCAGGACAACAGCCAGUGGUUGCAGAUUGACCUGAAGGAGGUGAUGGUGGUGUCUGGUAUCCUGACCCAGGGGCGCUGUGACGCUGACGAAUGGAUCACCAAGUACAGCGUCCAGUACCGCACCGACCAGAAUCUCAACUGGAUCUACUACAAGGACCAGACGGGGAACAACAGGGUGUUCUACGGGAACUCAGACCGCUCCUCCUCGGUUCAGAACCUCCUGCGUCCUCCCAUGGCCCAAGGAGAGCCCUGGUCGUUCCCCUGGUCGUUCCCCUGGUCGUUCCCCUGGUCGUUCCCCUGGUCGUUCCCCUGGUCGUUCCCCUGGACGUUCCCCUGGACGUUCCCCUGGACGUUCCCCUGGUCGUUCCCCUGGUCGUUCCCCUGGACGUUCCCCUGGUCGUUCCCUAUGCCAAGGUGGAAUCUACUGCUCUGGAAACCCUAGUUUCCUUUCCUUCCCCAAACGGUUAAGUAAUAUCUCUCUCCCAGGGAUGGGGUUUAUGUGUGAAAAUGUCCAUUCUGUUUUCAGAUUAGAUGUGUUACAACAACAGUUUUAUUUAUGAUAAUUUUUUUUAUACUGAACAUAAAGGGGUGGAUGGCCAGGUGUUUCCACUUGGGUGAGGAAGAGUGGAUAAAUACACGCCUGUGAACCGACAAACACAGAGAAAUUGGGGAUGAUUAUGUGAUGAGGAAAGCUCAGAGAAAGAGAAGACUACCAGUCCUGUGGUUAACUGGAUGUUGUGUACUGUACUAUACUACUGUACUGUACUGUACUACUGUACUGUACUGUGUUGUGUGCUGUACUGUACUGUACUGUACUGUGUUGU